CAACACGACAACAAAUGGUCGCUGAUCUUGUACCCGGAAAACCUCAUUCGCUGUGAGUUUGCCAACGUCAUAACACGAUUAAACUUUCAUUCUUAGCUCUUUCUUUUUGUAUUUUUAAAAAAUAUAUAAAUUUUUCACUUUAAACAUAACAUUGUGCCACGGAACUAAAUAUAACAACAACGUCCUAGUUAUUUACCGACGUCCACAUUUUACUGUUUUUUACCGUCAAAUGGCGACAUCUAGCGGCUGGAAGAGGUAUCGCUUUUAAAAAAAAAAGGGGAAAAUUAAGUUUUACUUUCGUUUUCCAAGGAAUAAUUUCUUGGCCGGUGUUGUGCCGAAUUAUGCACCCCCGCGGUCACCGCCGCUAAGGACUGACGAUGGAGGCUGAUGCCAACGACUUGAUGAAAGAGAAUCUUAUCGACAGUUUUCGACCGAGACUGAGAGUUUUUAUGUCCGUGGAUCCGGUCCUGGAUCAUCUCCCUUACCUCCGGGCGGAGCAGAAAGAAAGUAUCCGAAAAAGGGGCAAGAGCCACGGCGAGCUGUCGGCGGCGGACGCGCUCAUCUCCGCGGUGGUUGAGAAGCCUCACACGAAAGGUUGGUUCCAGGACUUUGUGGACGCCUUGUCCGGGGCGGGCUACCAGCAAGCGGCGGACCUGAUCCAGGCGGGCCGGCCUGACUCCCGGGUGGAGGCGGACAACGACUGCUGCAUGCUCCUGAUCGACAUCCUGGCGCCCAGCCUGCUGGACAUGAACACCAAGGAAGUGUGCACGCAUUGUUUUGCCAGAGAGAUCCUCACCAAAGACGACAACGACGUGAUCCUUCGCGUGGCAGACACACAAGGACCGAGGGACGCGGCCCGUGAGCUCCUGAAAAGGAUCGUGAGGUGUAAGUCCAGCUGGUACUCUGACUUCCUUCAGGUGUUGAAGGAAACUGAGCAUCCUGUCCUGUAUCGGCUGCUGCAAGGCUGGUCGGACUGCGACGACGGCACAGGAAGCAUCCCUGCCACGGACAGUCCAGCUCUAACCUCGGAGGACUCCCAGGACACGGAGGCGGGGGACGACACCACAGACUUGUACAGAAGCGAGAGCGCCCUGGCACAGUCGCCGCCAGGCUCCAGAAGGUCGGAGGCGUCAUCACCAGAUCUUAGUGACUCGGGCGCGGCCACCAGACUUGCAGAAAGAGCUGAUAUUGUCCUUCGAGACUAUCAGGAGGAGGUGGCUCAGCCGGCCUUGGAGGGCAAGAACAUCAUCAUAUGCCUCCCCACAGGAAGUGGGAAAACCCGGGUGGCGGUCUUUAUUGCCGCCCAGCAUCUGGGCCGCAGGACAGAAGAGGGCAAGACGGCUAAGGUGGUGGUUCUGGUCAACAAGGUUCCUCUGGUGGAGCAGCACUACGCCUCAGAGUUCCAUCCCUUCCUCAAGCACGCAUACCGAGUGGAACGGGUCAGUGGAAACUCUGCGCUCAAAAUCUGCUUCACGGAGAUUUUGAAGAACAACGACGUCGUCAUCUGCACGGCUCAGAUUCUGGAAAACUACUUGGAGAGGUCGCUCGAGGGCGAGGACGAGGGCGUGCAUCUACGAGAUAUCUCCCUGAUGAUCAUAGACGAGUGCCAUCACACCAAGAAGGGGGAGGUCUACAACCAGGUGAUGAAGCAUUACCUGAAGCAGAAAAACGCAAACACCCAGCUGAGGAAGCAGCAGAAGGAGACAGUGCCGCUUCCUCAAAUCCUCGGCCUCACCGCCUCACUCGGGGUCGGCGCCGCGACGAAGCUGGAAACGGCGGAGAAAAACAUUCUGCAGAUUUGUGCCAACUUGGAUGCCUGUCAAAUCCUGACCGGGGAUCUGGGGAAAUAUAGAAAUGAACCCAGCAAAAAAAUGGUUCUGGUUGAAGACAAAAAUAAGGAUCCCUUCGGUGACGUCAUCAAGAAAAUCAUGAACAGUAUCCAUGCUCAUUCCCAGCUGAGCCCCACCUGCGAGCUGGGUUCCCAGAACUACGAGCAGUGGGUGGUCCAGACGGAGCGGAUAGCUGCCAAGGAGAAAGACCCAAAGGUGCGGAUCUGCGCCGAGCACCUGCGGCGCUACAACGAGGCCAUGCAGCUCAGCAACACCAUUCGCAUGUGCGACGCCUUCAGCUUCCUGAACAAACACCACGAGGAGGAGCUGAAGAGCAAACGCAGCACUGAAGAGGAGCACGUCAUAAACAUCACCCCCACCGAGAGACUCCUCUUCAACCUGUUCAAAGACAGCAGGGAAACGCUUCAGGAACUUUCCACCCAGCAAAGCAAUGAAAAUGACAGCCUGUCCAAACUGCGAGAGAACAUUCUCCGACUGUUCACCACCAAGGAGGAGGCCAGAGGGAUCAUUUUCACCAAAACCCGCCGCAGCGCCAUGGCUCUCAGUCACUGGAUCCAGGACGACAAGAAGUUCUCGGACGUGGGCGUGGCCACCUCGUACCUCAUCGGAGGAGGGGACCAGAGUGCCGUCAAGCCCAUGACCGCCGCCGAGCAGAAGGACGUGCUGACCAAGUUCCACGGCGGUGCGGUCAACCUGCUGGUGGCCACCUCCGUGGCAGAAGAAGGCUUGGACAUUCCCGCUUGCAACUUUGUCAUCUGCUACGGCCUGGUGACCAAUGAGAUUUCUAUGAUACAGGCCCGAGGUCGAGCCCGAGCCAAGGACAGCGUUUACAUCGUGAUCGAGGUGAAAGGCUCCGGCGUGACGGAGAAGGAGUCCGUCAACGAGUACCGCAAGGACCUGAUGACCGAGGCCACGGCCAGAAUCCGACAGUUGAGUCCCGACGACUACAACAAGAAGAUCAAAGAGUUCCAACUCCAGGCCAUCCUGGAAGAUAAGAUGAAGAAGACAAAGUCGCAGCAGAAAGGCAAGAAGCUGGCGGAGCCGUCGGAAGUGGAGCUGAGCUGCAGGAAGUGCAGCAAGUUGGUGUGCAAGGGCGACGACAUCCAGAUCAUCGAAGGCAUGCACCGCGUCAACGUGUCCCCGCACUUCAGUGAACUUUACAUCCGGAAAGGAAACUCGGCUCUUGCAAAACGUCUUCUGGACUACGAGACCAACGGCACCGUCGCAUGCAAGAACUGUGGCCAGACCUGGGGCUCCAUGAUGGUGUACCGCAGCAUCGACUGUCCUUGCCUGCAGCUAAAGAACUUGGUGGUAAGCAUGGGAGACAAGAAGAUGAGUCACUUCACCAAGUGGAGCGAGCUGGCCGUCAACUUCCAGGCCUUCGACUACAUCGAGCACGCCAGCUGCUUGGCCGACCACACUUUCUAGGUAAACAAAGGCUCGACUACAUCGAGCACGCCAGCUGCUUGGCCGACCACACUUUCUAGGUAAACAAAGGCUCGACUACAUCGAGCACGCCAGCUGCUUGGCAGACCACACUUUCUAGGUAAACAAAGGCUCAACUACAUCGAGCACGCCAGCUACUUGGCCGACCACACUUUCUAGGUAAACAAAGUCUCGACUACAUCGAGCACGCGGGCUGCUUGGCCGACCACACUUUCUAGGUAAACAAAGUCUCGACUACAUCGAGCACGCCAGCUGCUUGGCCGACCACACUUUCUAGGUAAACAAAGUCUCGACUACAUCGAGCACGCCAGCUGCUUGGCCGACCACACUUUCUAGGUAAACAAAGUUUCGACUACAUCGAGCACGCCAGCUGCUUGGCCGACCACACUUUCUAGGUAAACAAUGUCUCGACUACAUCAAGCACGCCAGCUGCUUGGCCGACCACACUUUCUAGGUGAACAAAGUCUCGACUACAUCGAGCACGCCAGCUGCUUGGCCGACCACACUCUCUAGGUAAACAAAGUCUUGACUACAUCGAGCACGCCAGCUGCUUGGCCGACCACACUCUCUAGGUAAACAAAGGCUCGACUACAUCGAGCACGCCAGCUGCUUGGCCGACCACACUUUCUAGGUAAACAAAGGCUCGACUACAUCGAGCACGUGGGCUGCUUGGCCGACCACACUUUCUAGGUAAACAAAGUCUCGACUACAUCGAGCACGCCAGCUGCUUGGCCGACCACACUUUCUAGGUAAACAAAGUCUCGACUACAUCGAGCACGCCAGCUGCUUGGCCGACCACACUUUCUAGGUAAACAAAGUUUCGACUACAUCGAGCACGCCAGCUGCUUGGCCGACCACACUUUCUAGGUAAACAAAGUCUCGACUACAUCGAGCACGCCAGCUGCUUGGCCGACCACACUUUCUAGGUAAACAAAGUCUCGACUACAUCGAGCACGCCAGCUGCUUGGCCGACCACACUUUCUAGGUAAACAAAGGCUCGACUACAUCGAGCACGCCAGCUGCUUGGCCGACCACACUUUCUAGGUAAACAAAGGCUCGACUACAUCGAGCACGUGGGCUGCUUGGCCGACCACACUUUCUAGGUAAACAAAGUCUCGACUACAUCGAGCACGCCAGCUGCUUGGCCGACCACACUUUCUAGGUAAACAAAGUCUCGACUACAUCGAGCACGCCAGCUGCUUGGCCGACCACACUUUCUAGGUAAACAAAGUUUCGACUACAUCGAGCACGCCAGCUGCUUGGCCGACCACACUUUCUAGGUAAACAAAGUCUCGACUACAUCGAGCACGCCAGCUGCUUGGCCGACCACACUUUCUAGGUAAACAAAGUCUCGACUACAUCGAGCACGCCAGCUGCUUGGCCGACCACACUUUCUAGGUAAACAAAGUCUCGACUACAUCGAGCACGCCAGCUGCUUGGCCGACCACACUUUCUAGGUAAACAAAGACUCGACUACAUCGAGCACGCCAGCUGCUUGGCCGACCACACUUUCUAGGUAAACAAAGACUCGACUACAUCGAGCACGCCAGCUGCUUGGCCGACCACACUUUCUAGGUAAACAAAGACUCGACUACAUCGAGCACGCCAGCUGCUUGGCAGACCACACUUUCUAGGUAAACAAAGGCUCGACUACAUCGAGCACGCCAGCUGCUUGGCAGACCACACUUUCUAGGUAAACAAAGGCUCAACUACAUCGAGCACGCCAGCUACUUGGCCGACCACACUUUCUAGGUAAACAAAGUCUCGACUACAUCGAGCACGCGGGCUGCUUGGCCGACCACACUUUCUAGGUAAACAAAGACUCGACUACAUCGAGCACACGGGCUGCUUGGCCGACCACACUUUCUAGGUAAACAAAGGCUCAACUACAUCGAGCACGCCAGCUACUUGGCCGACCACACUUUCUAGGUAAACAAAGUCUCGACUACAUCGAGCACGCGGGCUACUUGGCCGACCACACUUUCUAGGUAAACAAAGUCUCGACUACAUCGAGCACACGGGCUGCUUGGCCGACCACACUUUCUAGGUAAACAAAGUCUCGACUACAUCGAGCACGCCAGCUGCUUGGCCGACCACACUUUCUAGUUAAACAAAGUCUCGACUACAUCGAGCACGCCAGGUGCUUGGCCGACCACACUUUCUAGGUAAACAAAGGCUCGACUACAUCGAGCACGCGGGCUGCUUGGCCGACCACAGUUUCUAGGUAAACAAAGUCUCGACUACAUCGAGCACGCCAGCUGCUUGGCCGACCACACUUUCUAGGUAAACAAAGUCUCGACUACAUCGAGCACGCCAGCUGCUUGGCCGACCACACUUUCUAGGUAAACAAAGUCUCGACUACAUCGAUCACGCCAGCUGCUUGGCCGACCACACUUUCUAGGUAAACAAAGGCUCGACUACAUCGAGCACGCCAGCUGCUUGGCCGACCACACUUUCUAGGUAAACAAAGUCUCGACUCCAUCGAGCACGCCAGCUGCUUGGCCGACCACACUUUCUAGGUAAACAAAGUCUCGACUACAUCGAGCACGCCAGCUGGUUGGCCGACCACACUUUCUAGGUAAACAAAGUCUCGACUGCAUCGAGCACGCCAGCUGCUUGGCCGACCACGCUUUCUAGGUAAACAAAGUCUCGACUACAUCGAGCACGCGGGCUGCUUGGCCGACCACACUUUCUAGGUAAACAAAGGCUCGACUACAUCGAGCACGCCAGCUGCUUGGCCGACCACACUUUCUAGGUAAACAAAGGCUCGACUACAUCGAGCACGCCGGCUGCUUGGCCGACCACACUUUCUAGGUAAACAAAGUCUCGACUACAUCGAGCACGCCGACUGCUUGGCCGACCACACAAUAUAGGUAAACAAAGUCUCGACUACAUCGAGCACGCCAGCUGCUUGGCCGACCACACUUUCUAGGUAAACAAAGUCUCGACUACAUCGAGCACGCCAGCUGCUUGGCCGACCACACUUUCUAGGUAAACAAAGUCUCGACUACAUCGAGCACGCCAGCUGCUUGACCGACCACACUUUCUAGGUAAACAAAGUCUCGACUACAUCGAACACGCGGGCUGCUUGGCCGACCACGCUUUCUAGGUAAACAAAGUCUCGACUACAUCGAGCACGCCAGCUGCUUGGCCGACCACACUUUCUAGGUAAACAAAGUCUCGACUGCAUCGAGCACGCCAGCUGCUUGGCCGACCACGCUUUCUAGGUAAACAAAGUCUCGACUACAUCGAGCACGCCGGCUGCUUGGCCGACCACACAAUCUAGGUAAACAAAGACUCGACUACAUCGAGCACGCCGGCUGCUUGGCCGACCACACUUUCUAGGUAAACAAAGUCUCGACUACAUCGAGCACGCGGGCUGCUUGGCCGACCACACUUUCUAGGUAAACAAAGGCUCGACUACAUCGAGCACGCCAGCUGCUUGGCCGACCACACUUUCUAGGUAAACAAAGGCUCGACUACAUCGAGCACGCCAGCUGCUUGGCCGACCACACUUUCUAGGUAAACAAAGGCUCGACUACAUCGAGCACGCCGGCUGCUUGGCCGACCACACUUUCUAGGUAAACAAAGUCUCGACUACAUCGAGCACGCCGACUGCUUGGCCGACCACACAAUAUAGGUAAACAAAGUCUCGACUACAUCGAGCACGCCAGCUGCUUGGCCGACCACACUUUCUAGGUAAACAAAGUCUCGACUACAUCGAGCACGCCAGCUGCUUGGCCGACCACACUUUCUAGGUAAACAAAGUCUCGACUACAUCGAGCACGCCAGCUGCUUGACCAACCACACUUUCUAGGUAAACAAAGUCUCGACUACAUCGAACACGCGGGCUGCUUGGCCGACCACACUUUCUAGGUAAACAAAGUCUUGACUACAUCGAGCACGCCAGCUGCUUGGCCGACCACACUUUCUAGGUAAACAAAGUCUCGACUACAUCGAGCACGCCAGCUGCUUGGCCGACCACACUUUCUAGGUAAACAAAGUCUCGACUCCAUCGAGCACGCCAGCUGCUUGGCAGACCACACUUUCUAGGUAAACAAAGUCUCGACUACAUCGAGCACGCCAGCUGCUUGGCCGACCACACUUUCUAGGUAAACAAAGUCUCGACUGCAUCGAGCACGCCAGCUGCUUGGCCGACCACACUUUCUAGGUAAAAAAAGUCUCGACUACAUCGAGCAUGCCGGCUGCUUGGCCGACCACACAAUCUAGGUAAACAAAGACUCGACUACAUCGAGCAUGCCGGCUGCUUGGCCGACCACACUUUCUAGGUAAACAAAGUCUCGACUACAUCGAGCACGCGGGUUGCUUGGCCGACCACACUUUCUAGGUAAACAAAGUCUCGACUACAUCGAGCACGCGGGUUGCUUGGCCGACCACACAAUCUAGGUAAACAAAGACUCGACUACAUCGAGCAUGCCGGCUGCUUGGCCGACCACACUUUCUAGGUAAACAAAGUCUCGACUACAUCGAGCACGCGGGUUGCUUGGCCGACCACACUUUCUAGGUAAACAAAGGCUCGGCUACAUCGAGCACGCCAGCUGCUUGGCCGACCACACUUUCUAGGUAAACAAAGGCUCGACUACAUCGAGCACGCGGGUUGCUUGGCCGACCACACUUUCUAGGUAAACAAAGGCUCGACUACAUCGAGCACGCCAGCUGCUUGGCCGACCACACUUUCUAGGUAAACAAAGGCUCGACUACAUCGAGCACGCCAGCUGCUUGGCCGACCACACUUUCUAGGUAAACAAAGUCUCGACUACAUCGAGCACGCGGGUUGCUUGGCCGACCACACUUUCUAGGUAAACAAAGGCUCGGCUACAUCGAGCACGCCAGCUGCUUGGCCGACCACACUUUCUAGGUAAACAAAGGCUCGACUACAUUGAGCACGCCGGCUGCUUGGCCGACCACACUUUCUAGGUAAACAAAGUCUCGACUACAUCGAGCACGCCGGCUGCUUGGCCGACCACACUUUCUAGGUAAACAAAGUCUCGACUACGUCGAGCACGCCAGCUGCUUGGCCGACCACACUUUCUAGGUAAACAAAGUCUCGACUACAUCGAGCACGCCAGCUGCUUGGCCGACCACACUUUCUAGGUAAACAAAGGCUCGACUACAUCGAGCACGCGGGUUGCUUGGCCGACCACACUUUCUAGGUAAACAAAGGCUCGACUACAUCGAGCACGCCAGCUGCUUGGCCGACCACACUUUCUAGGUAAACAAAGGCUCGACUACAUCGAGCACGCCAGCUGCUUGGCCGACCACACUUUCUAGGUAAACAAAGUCUCGACUACAUCGAGCACGCGGGUUGCUUGGCCGACCACACUUUCUAGGUAAACAAAGGCUCGGCUACAUCGAGCACGCCAGCUGCUUGGCCGACCACACUUUCUAGGUAAACAAAGGCUCGACUACAUUGAGCACGCCGGCUGCUUGGCCGACCACACUUUCUAGGUAAACAAAGUCUCGACUACAUCGAGCACGCGGGUUGCUUGGCCGACCACACUUUCUAGGUAAACAAAGGCUCGGCUACAUCGAGCACGCCAGCUGCUUGGCCGACCACACUUUCUAGGUAAACAAAGGCUCGACUACAUUGAGCACGCCAGCUGCUUGGCCGACCACACUUUCUAGGUAAACAAAGUCUCGACUACAUCGAGCACGCCGGCUGCUUGGCCGACCACACUUUCUAGGUAAACAAAGUCUCGACUACGUCGAGCACGCCAGCUGCUUGGCCGACCACACUUUCUAGGUAAACAAAGACUCGACUACAUCGAGCACGCCAACUGCUUGGCCGACCACACUUUCUAGGUAAACAAAGGCUCGACUACAUCGAGCACGCCAGCUGCUUGGCCGACCACACUUUCUAGGUAAACAAAGGCUCGACUACAUCGAGCACGCCAGCUGCUUGGCCGACCACACUUUCUAGGUAAACAAAGUCUCGACUACAUCGAGCACGCGGGUUGCUUGGCCGACCACACUUUCUAGGUAAACAAAGGCUCGGCUACAUCGAGCACGCCAGCUGCUUGGCCGACCACACUUUCUAGGUAAACAAAGGCUCGACUACAUUGAGCACGCCGGCUGCUUGGCCGACCACACUUUCUAGGUAAACAAAGUCUCGACUACAUCGAGCACGCCGGCUGCUUGGCCGACCACACUUUCUAGGUAAACAAAGUCUCGACUACGUCGAGCACGCCAGCUGCUUGGCCGACCACACUUUCUAGGUAAACAAAGUCUCGACUACAUCGAGCACGCCAGCUGCUUGGCCGACCACACUUUCUAGGUAAACAAAGGCUCGACUACAUCGAGCACGCGGGUUGCUUGGCCGACCACACUUUCUAGGUAAACAAAGGCUCGACUACAUCGAGCACGCCAGCUGCUUGGCCGACCACACUUUCUAGGUAAACAAAGGCUCGACUACAUCGAGCACGCCAGCUGCUUGGCCGACCACACUUUCUAGGUAAACAAAGUCUCGACUACAUCGAGCACGCGGGUUGCUUGGCCGACCACACUUUCUAGGUAAACAAAGGCUCGGCUACAUCGAGCACGCCAGCUGCUUGGCCGACCACACUUUCUAGGUAAACAAAGGCUCGACUACAUUGAGCACGCCGGCUGCUUGGCCGACCACACUUUCUAGGUAAACAAAGUCUCGACUACAUCGAGCACGCGGGUUGCUUGGCCGACCACACUUUCUAGGUAAACAAAGGCUCGGCUACAUCGAGCACGCCAGCUGCUUGGCCGACCACACUUUCUAGGUAAACAAAGGCUCGACUACAUUGAGCACGCCAGCUGCUUGGCCGACCACACUUUCUAGGUAAACAAAGUCUCGACUACAUCGAGCACGCCGGCUGCUUGGCCGACCACACUUUCUAGGUAAACAAAGUCUCGACUACGUCGAGCACGCCAGCUGCUUGGCCGACCACACAAUCUAGGUAAACAAAGGCUCGACUACAUCGAGCACGCCAGCUGCUUGGCCGACCACACUUUCUAGGUAAACAAAGACUCGACUACAUCGAGCACGCCAACUGCUUGGCCGACCACACUUUCUAGGUAAACAAAGUCUCGACUACAUCGAGCACGCCGGCUGCUUGGCCGACCACACUUUCUAGGUAAACAAAGGCUCGACAACGCUUUUAUUCAGACAUACAUUUAUGUCUGCCAAUCAUCAACGACUGUGCUACACUCAAGGAAAAGUGCUAAAAUCCACAUCAAAAUCAGGAUUUUAGGGAAAGUAAAUAAAAAAAAAAACUUUGAUAAAUUUAUGAUUGUGAUUUAUGUUAGGCCAGCAGCUUCUCCAUAUUUUCUUGCAUAAAUGUCCCCCGUGCGUCAACUCUCAAUUCCACCUUUGAACUUUUAUUUUUGUAGUUUUUUUUAAAAUCAUUUUUAUGCCAAAUUAUAUUUUGCAACGGAUGCAAUGGAACGGUGAGUUGUUGUCAAAUUUUAUGAAAAUAUAAACGUGUAAUAAAAUGUUCAUGAUAAAAAAGAAACUUCCAGAUGUCUGAUGUUGUACAAAAAUACGGUAGUUUUAUGAAGUUGCGUACUGUAAUGAUAAUGCUGCUACGGUACUUCCUGUGAGCGGCCUCUCUGUCAAACACACCAUCAGCAGCUUCUUCAUACUUUCUUGAAUAAAUGUCCCCCAUUAAAGAA